AGUUUUCAUGACAGUACGAAGAGUGAGAGUUUUCAGGGGAGAGUUCCCAAAACUUUUAUUUCGGCCAUUUACUGGCUGGAUUUGAUUGUCCGCCAACCGUUCUUUUCUUUCACGUAUAAAGCAGAAACGUCGGAAUCAAUGAAAACCAAACAAUAUUCUAACGCCGCUUCUCAUUCUUCCCUUAGGAUUGGACCCAAUUACCAGGUCAUCUCUGAUCUCUCCACCGUCUGAUGACCCUUUCAGAUCUACCGAAAACAGAGUUCCCAUGUUUUCGUAGAGAUGGCACGGUGGUUUUCUCCGUGGCGGUAGCCCUCUUCGGGUUGCGUAGUACUCCGAGAACACAUUUCGCGGCGUGGCAUGGACACUUUCUUUCUUAGGACGAGAUUCGCGUAACGUUCUGGAUCAUGGCCAUUUUCGAUAGGAUGAAGAACCAACGAGUCGGUGUGUGGCCCAGGAAAAUGCUCAAGCAAUGGCUACUGUCGCAUCCGCAGCAAAAUCGCUGCCGCCAGCCUCCUCCGCACGCGUCCAGAAAAUCGCUGGGAGACAAUUUGACAGAGUCGCUGCUCGCCAUUGAGUUCUGGGACGACAGGAGGCCGCCGGGUAGGGUGCCAAAGGGGUACCUGGCGGUGUACGUAGGGCCGAAGUUGAGGAGGUUCGUGAUCCCAGCAAGCUACUUGUCGGUGCCGGAAUUCAGGACAUUGAUGGAACAGGUGGCCGAGGAGGUCGGGUUCGAGCAGGAGGGGGGGCUUCAGAUUCCUUGUUGUGAGGAAGAAGAUUUCGAGGGAAUCCUGGCCAGGUGUGUGAGAUCCAACCAAAUGACAUCCAAGCCAAAGAAACAUACGAGUAAGAACUUAGUUUGAUAGCUUCUUUCUUUCGCCCUUGUUGCCCUACAUGUACCUAAAGUACAAGAAUUUGGAGGGUUAGUCCUUAUUGGACGCUGAAUUGAAUGUACAUAUUGAUCAGCUUCAUCAACUAGUUGUUCUGCUCUUUGGAUGGUGUAUUAAGUUUCGCCAUAUAUGAUGAUGCAUUUACCUCUUAUGGGAGCUAAACCGGGGUAUGG